AUGUGGCUAAUAUUUUUUUUUGCCAUUUCUACAAUCUUUGCUAAUAAAGUAAUUUGGAAUGGUGAUAAUUAUGAUUUUGAUGUUACUACAAGUGCAAAAUUAAUUCCUGGAGAAAAUGUAAUAGGAUCAGGAAGUGUAAAUAAAAAAAAUUCAAAAUUAACACAAGUUAUCGAUAUAUUUCCACAUAUGACAAUGAAAAAUGUUAGAAUAUUAAAUUUAAACAUUAAUAAAUAUGAAUCUGGUAAUGCAGGUUUUAAAAUAACUAUUGAUAAAAAUCAUAAAAACAAUCAAAUGUUUGGCCAAGGACAUGAAACAAAUAAUUAUUUUAUAGCAUUAUCAUUUUCAACAUGUCAACUUUUGCAUUGUGAAGGUGGUAUAUAUUUACUUCAUAAGAAACCAGAUACUAAUUUUAUAGCAAAAAAUAUAACGAAUUUUUAUGGAGCAUUUUACUUGAAAUUUAUAUCUAAUGAUAUGUUUUUUUUGUUGGAUGAAUUUAAUAUUUAUGAUAAUGAGUUUCCUUUAAUUACUUGUCCUUAUAUUAAAUGGACAAGUUUAUAUAGUGGUACAAAAUUUGUCCCAUUAGAAAAUAGUGGUAUUAUAUUUAAAAAAUUUCAAGAACGACAAAUUCUUGUACCAGGCUAUCAAAGAAAUAAAUAUUCUGAUAUAUUUAUUUGUGGAUAUCUUAUAUAUAUAGAUAAUUCUAAGUUAACUAUUGGUCAUAAAAUAACUUAUCACCAACAAAGUGAUUUAAAAAUAAAAACUUUUGACAAUCCUAAGGAUAUAUGGAUAUGUAAUUCUAAUGAUUCUCCAUCAAAAUACUUUCAUUUUGCAUUUUCUAAAAAUAUAAAAGGAAAUAAUAAAAUGAGAUAUAUAAAAUAUGAUUUGUUAAAAGAAAAUAAUUUGUAUUAUGAUGAUGUAAUUUAUUUGUAUGAUAAAAAUAAUGAAGUGAUAAAGGAAUUAAAAGAAUAUGGUGUAAUUGAUUUUAAAGGUAUGAAAAUAAUAAAACCAAAAUGUGCUAAUAAAUUAUCUCCAAGAAAAGGUAUUGUAAAAAUUGUUAAUGAAAAUAAAAUAAAAGUUUCAAAUACAAACAAUGAUAUAGAAAUUAUGUAUGUUAAUGAAGAUAUGUUAAAUAAUAUUACUUCAUAUAAAUGUAAAAUUAUUAUUGAUGGAGUAAAAGAAAAUCCUUAUUUAUCAAACUUUUAUGAACAUGAAACUGAAUUAUUAUUAGUUAGUAAAGAUAUUUUUGAAAAUAAAAUUAUUCAUAAAAAUAUUGUAUUUAAAAAUAAUUUUAAUGGUUUUGAAAAGUAUAGUUGUGAUAUAAAUGUUAAAAAUAAAUUUUUUAAUGAUAUAAGUUAUAUCAAAAAUUUAACAUUUGUAACUAUUCCAAUAAAUUCAUCAGUAUCUAUGAAAACGGAAUUUUGGAAUACAAAAGAUGAUAUUCUUAUACAAUGUCCAAUAAAAAUAACAACAAUUGGAACUUUUUAUAGUAUGAUUGUUAUAGUAUCAGAGAAUUUAUUAUAUAAAAAAACACUUAAUGAUAAUUCAAAAAUGUUUUAUAAUGAGGAUAAUUUUAUAAGAUUUAGACAUUUGGAUUUACUUGUUAAAGAUAUAUCUUUUCAAAAUAUUACCACUAAAUGUAUAUAUGAAACUUUUAAAAAUAUGACAUUUUCAAUAACUAAAAAUGGUCAAAUUUUAAAAAAUGAAUUUUAUGGAUUAGGCUAUUUAUCAAUGAAUAUGUUAUUAGUAGUAAUUAUACUAGGACUUGUUCUCUUAAUUUUUAUUAUUUUUAUAUUUGUUUUAAUUAUUGUUAGAAUGAAAGAAAGUAAAAGAAAAAAUAGAAAAAAUGGAAAAAAAUUAAAAAACGAUUCAUUUUCCUUAUCAUCACAAUCACAAUCUUCGUUUAAAUCUUAUACUUCAAACAAUAAAACAGUUACAAAAAAUUCUUCUUUGAGUAAAAGUAAAAGUAAAAAUAAAUGUAAAUAA